UGGAGCUCUCAUUAUGAAAGAAGACAACAAAUACAUUGUUUACAUCUCCCCGGAGAAGGAGGUUAAUGCUGGACUAUGGACUCUGUUUGCUGGCGCAACUGUCAUGCUGGCUCUACGCCUUUGGGUCAAGAUAACUCGUCGGCACGGAGUCUGGUGGGAUGAUUAUAUUCUUCUAGCGACUUGGAUGGUUCUGGCGGCCAACAACUCCCUUAUAUCAUAUGAGUACGCCACUGGCUACGUUCCACCUCCUGGCUACAAAUGGGACGACCGGAUGCACAUCCUCAUCAACAUCACUUCAUGCGGCACCCUCAUCGGCCAGGCUUGGUCUAAAAGCGCCUUCGCCGUGACGCUGCUCAAACUGACUACUCGCUGGCAACAGUAUUUUCUGUGGUUCUGCAUCAUCACUAUGAACCUGUACAUGGCCUCGAAAUGCGUGGUCCAAUGGGGAAAGGUGUGUGGAGAGAAGAGCUACAACAACUGGUAUCGACUGGAUUUCUGUUUGGACCCAAAGUUUCGAGAUGACUUCAAGGAAGGAGGAAACAUCUACAACAUCAUCAUGGAUUUCAUUUUUGCUGCAUUCCCUUGGUUCCUCACCUGGAAUCUGCCAAUGCGUCGAAGGGAGAAGAUUGGAUUGUGCCUCGCCAUGAGUCUUGGAGUAGUAGUUGCCUCCGUGGCCGCUGCCCGCACCGCAUGGAAAGACGAGGGCAACAAGCGCGAUCCUUACUACUACUGGCGGAACGGCCUGUCCAACGUCUGGUAUUCAUCUGAAGUAGCCGGCACCAUUAUAGUUCAAUGUGUUCCUGUCUUGCGACCAUUUCUCCGCGAUGUCCACCAAUCCCUAACCCCGCGACGCAUCCCCUCGAACGCCGACCCCGGCCGUCGUAGCUUCACCUGGGCCGUCACCAAUCCGUCCACAGGCAAAGACGGAUCUUCAACAUCCACCAUCAACUAUAACAAAGACACGACGUCACUGAUAUCUGACGCCGCGAGUAGCAGCAACACCGCUGGCGACUUGCGCUUCCACAACUUCAAUUUCGGAUUCGGCGAGACCAAGAUCGCCGGAGGCGCGGGCAACAUUGAGCUCAGAACCAUCCAAGAAGAGCGGGAUAUGGAACGGCGGGACUCGGAAAAACAAUGGAGGGAUGGGAUUCUCGGCAAGGUCUGA